AUGUCGACAUUGGCCCCCCUGCGCUUGCUGCGUGAGCCCUGGAAUGCCAGCGAGGGCAACCAGAGCAAUGCCACAGCUGGGGCCAGCAGCGCCUGGUGCCAAGGACUGGACAUCCCCAGUGAGCUGUUCCUGGCGCUGGGGCUGGUGAGCUUGGUGGAGAACUUGCUGGUGGUGGCUGCCAUUCUGAAGAACAGGAACCUGCACUCACCUACCUACUACUUCAUCUGCUGCCUGGCCGUCUCUGACAUGCUGGUGAGCAUCAGCAACCUGGCGGAGACCUUCUUCCUGCUGCUGCUGGAGCACGGCCUGCUGGUGGUCCGCGCCAGCGUCGUCCGCCACAUGGACAACGUCAUCGACCUGCUCAUCUGCAUCUCCGUUGUGUCCUCUCUCUCCUUCCUGGGGGUUAUUGCCGUGGACCGCUACAUCACCAUCUUCUAUGCCCUGCGCUACCACAGUAUCAUGACCUUGCAGCGGGCUGUGGUGACCAUGGCCAGUGUCUGGCUGGCCAGCACUAUCUCCAGCACCGUCUUCGUCACCUACUACCGCAACAAUGCCAUCCUCCUCUGCCUCAUUGGCUUCUUCCUCUUCAUGCUGGUCCUCAUGCUGGUGCUCUACAUUCACAUGUUUGCCCUGGCCCGUCACCACCUCCGCAGCAUCUCCAGCCAGCAGAAGCAACCCACCGUCUACCGCAGCAGCAGCCUGAAGGGUGCUGUCACCCUCACCAUUCUCUUGGGAGUCUUCUUCAUCUGCUGGGGACCUUUCUUCUUUCACCUCAUCCUUAUCGUCACCUGCCCUAACAACCCUUUCUGCACCUGCUUCUUCAGUUACUUCAACCUUUUCCACAUCCUCAUCGUCUGUAAUUCAUUAAUUGACCCCCUCAUUUAUGCCUUCCGGAGCCGUGAACUCCGACGGACGCUACGGGAGGUGAUGUUGUGUUCUUGUCCUAGUGCCCCCACCCUGUCCCAGAGGAGUGUCGCAGGGUCCUAGUGCCGCCCCACCCCUCCUUCCCUGCCCUGUGUCGCAGGGUCCUUUUACCCCCCCCGCCUCUUGUGUGCGUUCGUGUCUGCCCCCGCACUAAGCCCAGUGUUGCCGCCGCAGUUCUGGGAGGUGAUCAGCGACGAGCACGGCAUCGACCCCAGCGGCAACUACGUGGGCGACUCGGAUCUGCAGCUGGAGCGCAUCAGCGUCUACUACAAUGAAGCCUCCUCUCACAAGUAUGUUCCUCGUGCCAUCCUGGUGGACCUGGAGCCAGGGACAAUGGACAGUGUGCGCUCGGGUGCCUUUGGCCACCUCUUCCGCCCAGACAACUUCAUCUUUGGGCAGAGCGGGGCCGGGAACAACUGGGCUAAGGGACACUACACAGAAGGUGCUGAGCUGGUGGACUCGGUGCUGGAUGUGGUGCGAAAGGAAUGUGAGAACUGCGACUGCCUCCAGGGCUUCCAGCUGACCCACUCGCUGGGUGGUGGCACUGGCUCUGGCAUGGGCACCCUCCUCAUCAGCAAGGUGCGGGAGGAGUACCCUGACCGCAUCAUGAACACUUUCAGCGUGGUGCCGUCCCCCAAGGUGUCAGACACAGUGGUAGAGCCCUACAAUGCCACACUCUCCAUCCACCAGCUGGUGGAGAACACGGACGAGACCUACUGCAUCGACAAUGAAGCCCUCUACGACAUCUGCUUCCGAACCCUCAAGCUGGCCACCCCUACCUACGGCGAUCUCAACCACCUUGUCUCAGCCACCAUGAGCGGCGUCACCACCUCCCUCCGCUUCCCUGGCCAGCUCAAUGCCGACCUCCGCAAGCUGGCUGUCAACAUGGUGCCCUUCCCUCGCCUCCACUUCUUCAUGCCAGGCUUUGCCCCACUGACGGCCCGUGGCAGCCAGCAGUACCGUGCCCUCACUGUCCCCGAGCUCACCCAGCAGAUGUUUGAUGCCAAGAACAUGAUGGCUGCCUGUGACCCCCGCCACGGCCGCUACCUCACCGUGGCCACUGUCUUCCGAGGCCGCAUGUCCAUGAAGGAGGUGGAUGAGCAGAUGUUGGCCAUCCAGAGCAAAAACAGCUCUUACUUCGUGGAGUGGAUCCCCAACAACGUCAAGGUGGCUGUUUGUGACAUCCCUCCCCGGGGGCUGAAGAUGUCCUCCACAUUCAUAGGCAAUAGCACAGCCAUCCAGGAGCUCUUCAAGAGGAUCUCGGAGCAGUUCACUGCCAUGUUCCGCCGCAAAGCCUUCCUCCACUGGUACACAGGUGAGGGGAUGGACGAGAUGGAGUUCACUGAGGCUGAGAGCAACAUGAAUGACCUGGUCUCCGAGUACCAGCAGUAUCAGGACGCCACAGCUGAGGAGGAAGGCGAGAUGUAUGAGGAUGAUGAGGAGGAGUCAGAGGCACAAGGCGCCAAGUGAUGCCUGACAUGCCCCCACCUCGCCUGCAGCCUCCUCACCCCCAGCUUUGUGCUGCUGCAGCCCUCCAGCCCCGCUCCCCUUCAGUGUCUCCUGACCCCAUCCCCCCUAGUCCUAAGCCGGCUUGGCACCCCUGCCCCCACCUCCUGUCUCCCCCAUUUUGUUUUUUUACUUGUUUGUGUCUUUCUUUUUUUUUUGAAUACUUAAUAAAUUUAUUGCUGUCCAAGUA